CGGCAAACAACCGUAAAAAUAAUAGAACCAUAGAAUUAAUUUAGUCUGAAUUUGAUAGCGAAAAAGUUCUGUGCUAUCAGUAUAAAACGCAACUGAUUUCUUUAGAAUAUUAAAAAAAAAGAAAAAAAAAAACGAAAAAAAAAGGAAAAGAAAAAAACAUCCAAUAAUAUUUCUAAUCAAUGGAUUUUGAUUCAAAGUGUAUGCGGUUAAUAGGCACAGCGGCUGUGUCGAUUGUAGGCUAUCAUAUUGUGGCCAAAUUAAUACCCUGGUUAUACUUGAAUAUAAUUGGUCCAAAAUGCCUUGGACCUAAAAUCAAUAUACGGCAAAUGGGUUCUUGGGCCGUGGUUACCGGUGCCACCGAUGGUAUUGGAAAGGCUUAUGCAAAAAUUUUGGCUAAGCAUGGAUUAAAUAUAGUUUUAAUCAGCCGCACUUUAACUAAACUAGAGGAUGUAGCCAAAGAAAUCCGUGAAGCAUUUAGUGUUGAAACCAAAAUAAUCGAUGUCGACUUUACUCAUGGUCCCGAAAUCUAUGAUAAAAUUAAACAGAAUAUUGAUGGCUUGAAUAUUGGCAUUUUGGUUAAUAACGUCGGUAUUAGUUACUCUUACCCGCAAUUCUUUGUUGAACUUGUAACACAGAUACCGAAAUUUAUGCGCGAUAUUGUUGCGGCUAACGUGCAUUCGGUUACACACAUGUCCGCCUUGGUAUUACCUCAAAUGAUAGAAAGGAAGAAAGGCGUUAUUAUAAACCUGUCUUCAACCGCCGCUACAAUACCAAAUCCUAUGCUUUCAAUUUAUUCGGCCACUAAGGCAUUUGUGGAUAAAUUCAGUGCUGAUCUUCAAACCGAAUAUCGUAGCUCUGGCAUAAUUGUGCAAAGUAUUCAACCCGGUUUUGUUGUUACAAAGAUGAGUAAAAUUCGUCAAGCAUCCGUUUUCAACCCAUUGCCGGAUACCUUUGUGACUUCUGCUAUAAACACUUUAGGUUUUUGUGAACGAACGACCGGUUAUUUACCACAUACAUUAAUUCAAGUCGUUAUUAGAACGAUCUCGUGGUUAUUCUGUGAGCAAUUUGUCGGCCAAAUUAUUAUGAAAUAUUUGUUCAAAAUGAAUCAAAUGGCCAUGCGACGCAUAGCGAAAAAACAACAAAAGUAAAAAAAGGGUUAAAUUCUUAAAGUCUUUUAUAUCGGCGCUCGCACACGCAUAUUUACUUCAUAUGAAUUUGGUAUUUAAAAAUUUUUAUUACUUAUGUUUUACAUUCACUGAAACUAAACAUAAGAGAACAAAGAGAUUUAAUUUAGUUUCAUUUUAAAUUCCAAUGAACAUUUUUUAUACAUUCAUUUUAUUCAUAGAAUGGAUAUUUUUAAGACUUUAUGUAUAUGUACUCUAACGUACUACUACUAAACGAUAUAUAUAACUAAAAAUAUUAAAUUAAUUAAAUUUAAAGAUUUUAUGUACGGCAUGGAUUAUUAGAUGGUAUAUAGUCCUUAAUUUAUAUCAUUUUUGUUAUGUUAUACAUUUUAGAAGUUCAUAAAUACGUGCGAAAAAAAAAUUCAUUAGUUAAAAUUGGGUCUUAUUAAAUAAUCUUAUGAAAAGAAAUUCAUUGUAAAUCUUUUGCUUUAAAGCAGAGUUGCUUAAACCUCAGGCUCACUACAUAUUUUCGUCUCUAACGAAAGCGAAAAGUAUUUUUUUUUUUUUGCGCCUCUUAUAAGACUUUUGUCUUCGCAUUUCGUCUGAAUGAAGAAAGCAAUAAACAAAAAGCAAAUUUAAAUUUGUUUGAAUUUAAAUCUUCUUCUUUUUUUAUAAUUCAGCAAAGCAACAACGGAUGAUUCACUGUGCUGAAUAAAACAGAAUUUUAUAAUAAAUAACACAUGAAUUGCAUAAGUAAUAAAGGAAACUAAUGCUUUUGACGCCAUAAAGUAAAGAUAUAUUAUGGGUCCAAGAUUAGCCAAAAUUUUCAGGAAAUUAUAAAUGAAAAAGUCUAGGUGAUUUUCAUUAUAAAUUUUUUCUUUGGAUGUGUGAAUAAAGUCCUCUCGCUAAAAUUCCUUGCUUCAUAAAACGUACCUGACGAUGUACAUAAAUGUGUACAUUGACAUAAAAAAUGGGCUUUUCAGGAAACGUCUUAGAUUGGAAUCACCUCAUAGAGGUCUUUUCCGUCUCAUAAGGAUCUUUUUCUGCAAAUUUCGAUCCUCCUAUUCCAUCAAAUAGCACAAAACUAUCUUACCACGCAUAUCGCUUAUGUUUACAUGUUAAUUAGCAUAGACUGUUUUUUAUCCUUUAUAAUUAUUUUACUAAUUAAGAUGUUACCUUUUUAUUAUAAUUUUUCCCUUUUUAUAUUUAUU